CAACCCCUGCUGCAUUACCGUAGUAGGUAGCUCAUCAGCUCAUGGGAAACGAUAGAACGUCUCAUGUAACGACCCGCAGCAUAAGACCCAGCAUAAGACCCAGCUCGCGCAUCUCCCUCCAACCCAUCUGGGCGCUCCCCACCCGCUAAUUCAUCGAUCGAGACCAGUCGACUGCGGAGAGAAGGAGGCCUCGCCAACCUCGCCAAUGUUUGAGCUUCCGGACGCGAAACGGUAUGUUUGCCGACCACCCUCACUCACCCUGGGCUCCCAAGGGCGGGCUCAUGCGACAACCGCGGUUCCCGCGACUGACGGAUUGACAAACAGAGUACGGAGGGAAGACCUCUUCGACUCGGCUUCGGAGCGCCACUCCAGCCCGGAGCUCCAAGACGAGGAAGCGGCGGAGCUGCGGGCAAAGCUGAACGAGCGCCUGGCGGGCCUGCUCUCGAUCAGCAUCCCCCCACCGCCCCCCGCCGCACCGGCACCGGCACCGGCACCGGAACCAGAACCGGGACCGGAACCGGCAGAGACAGCGGCAGAUGCAGAUGCAGAGGACUCGGGCGAAGAGCCGCAGCGGCCGCAGCAGCGGGAGGGGGGUGCAAAGCAAGGAGCCGACAAGCUCGAGUUCGAGUUCCGCCUCUUCUCCACCCCGGCUGGUGCUCCUGCUCCCGCGACUACUUCGGGCACCGGCGCGGGCGCCUCCGCCCCGCCGCCGCAAAAGGUGGUGCAAAAGGUGGUGCUCCUCCCCGACGACGAGGCCGAGGCGCCGUUCGACGGCCCGGCCAUCGCGCCGCGGCCGCUGUCGCACUACAUCCGCGGGGAGCUGUCGGAGCGCGAGCGCGAGCAGUUCCGGCGCGCGGCCGUGACGGGGCGCGAGGUGCUCUCGUGGGCGGCGCAGCGCGCCUGGGGGCUGGAGGUGCCCUGGAGGGUGACCCGGGUGACCGUGUCGGUCGGGUCCGGGUCCGCGCAGGGGAGCCGCCUCGGCGGCGGCGGGACCCGGGGGGAGGACCCGGGGGUGGUGGAAGUAGAAGGGAGACGGAAGAAGAAGAAGAAGACGCGGCCGGGGAAGAAGAGGAGGAUAGUGCUGAGGAAGAGGGAGAAGAUCAGGAGGGAGAAGGAGGCGGAGGCGGAGCGGCUCAGGAUGAGCAAGGAGGAGCACUUGAGGGAGAAGAAGAAGCGGCUGAACAGGGAGAAGAAGCUAAAGAGGAGACAGAAGGAGAGGGAGAAGAAGAUGGCCGCGAGGGCGGCGGGAGCGGCGGCUACGGCGACGGCGACGGCGACGGCGGCGACAGCGGGAGGGGACAAGGAGGGUCGGGGGCCGUCGGCGUCGGCGUCGGCGUCUGAAGGGAGCGACGGCGAGGACUAAGUACGCUGCCUCGCUGAGUAUAUAUACUGUACAGUCAGCCCAUCGAGUUUCGGCACCGGGACGAGGCAGGCAACUCAAUAAUACAAAACACGCAUCGCGCAGAUAAUUUCCGAGAGGGCGCGAGACGGAGUUCGCUUCGGAGAGACAAAGUCGAUCGCAUCAGGAUAUCCAUCACACCUAGGCGGCCCUUGUCAUUACGAAAAUAGUCCUCAUAACCUCCGAGUCCAGUCCGCCCAUAAAAAGAUGUUUUAUCAGAUUUGGCGCUACGAGCGGUUGAACCAUGUACCUCUUCCCUUCGGGCAAAUGACCCCAUCGCGACUCCUCC